AGAAAUUCCUGAAAACCUUCCGCAUGUUCCAAGCUGGCUGCCCAUGGUGUCCAUAGCACACCUGGUGCGCAUGGUCCCCCCCCACCUCUACACACCCACGCCCAGCACAUACGUGAUCAGUGGCUGCUGUAUCGUUGGCUGCUCCAUUGGCCCUCCGUCCCGUUGACCCAUUGAUUGGCACUGGCAUAUUCGCAUUGGCACUCGACCGAACCUUGUAAGCCUCCAACCAAAAGCUUGAGGCCCAUGAAUCCCCUAGCCGUCAGUGCUUAUUCGACAACGUGUGUAGCAUCAAACGCGAUUUGUGGCUCGGCCGUCCGCUCGUUUUUGCCUGACCUGCGACGUGCUGUACAUGACCCAUUAAUGGUCGCCGUCACACUGUCCUGGCCGCCGCCAGAAUGGACGCCGGCAAUCGUGAAGACGAGGACCGCUGCCUUGGUGCGACGUUGCCCACCCGCAAUUUUGGAGCCCCGUCGUCUACCCCCAGGCGUCCUCUGCGAUACCACCAUCAGCGUCCCCAUCAACACUACUACCCGUUCGGGCAGAAGCACGAGAACGGGCAUGAUCACACCCAUGACCAUACCAACGCCCACGCCCAUGCUCACGAUCACGCCCACAGCCGCGAUUUCUUGCCACAACAAAUAUUCUUCCCUGAUCCUCAUCCUCAAUCACCUGGCACCGCCGCUGUCGGUGCCCCUAGUGCCACCUCUCUCACAGCUACGGCCACAUCGAUCACCCUCGAUGACUCCCUGCUCGAGUCUCAUGCCGCACACAAUCAAGACGCCAUCCAUGCAAACGCGGCGGCGAGCAUUGAGUCCAACGGUCUCUUCAACCCCGACGACUUCUACCGAAUUCAUCUCGACGGCUUGAUGGCUUCGACCUUGCCCCCUCCGAGGCAUAGUCGAGAUGCCCCGUUGCGAUCUAACGGAAGCGGCCCGGCUUCCAGGCCGGUACGUCCUGGCGUGAGACCAUCUGUCCGCUCUGUAUCAGCUCCUGUAGAAGAAGGCGUAUCCACUAGCACCGGAAGAUCAAGACCUGCCGCUCCAAACACGUGGAACAACCGCAGUCUACACAAACCUAGCGUGAAAGAUUUGACGAAGAAAUUCGACCAAGGUGCUACACAUACGACCACUAGCACCCCUCGUAAAACAACUCCACGCAUCCCAUCUCGAGAGACAUCGCGGUCCGGAUCUAACGGUCAACCAUCUUACGCCACCGGCCGGUCGUCCGCUAGUGGAUCUUCCGUGGGUACAUCGACCUCAACAUCGCCAGCGAGGCGGCCUACACAACGGCGACGAACUGGGCCCGAUAAUAACCCAUCUAGCAGUUCUCAAUCCUUUGCAAAUCGCAUAGCUAAACCUCGAAGUACCGUUAGUGCCUCUUCACAAGCUUCAAAGUCGAUGACCAAUUUGGCUCCUGUGCCUUCCUCAGAUUCCGUUCCGGCGUUGCCUCAAUCCCGUAGUCUGCUUUUUGGGGAAGUAAAGCCUGCUGAGUUACAUGCUGGGCUAGCCGGCCACGGAAUUGAUGGCAUACCUGCUGCAAAAGCUUCUGCCUCAAAUGCCAAUAGUGCCCUCGGGCGUCGUCAGCGAAGCUUUUCACACACUGAUGCGGAGCCUUCCUCGCCAAGUGAUUGGUAUCGAAGUGUGGCAGGUGAUCCGGGAGGCACAGGUGCCGUCGAUGCGGAUGUAAUACAUAACGCCCCAAAACACGUUCGAUCGCGGAGCGAGCUGGGUUUCACGAAUCCAGUUCAACAGCAGUCUAAGGCUACUCGGUCCUCACGACCGAAACCCACCUUAGAUACCUCAGUUUCACCCUCAACCUCUAGAAUACCUGUUUCUGUUCGCAAAUAUAGUACCCCUUCGAGCUCAUCCAGUCCAAAUUCAACGCGGUCUAAUUCGCCUUCUACCGUUAGGAAACCUUUUCCUCACGGCAAAAAAAUCAAUGCCACUCAGAAUCAAGGAGCCAAAACACCCUCACCAUUGGCAACACCGGCCAUCAAACGCCAAAAUAGACCAGGUGCGAUAUCUGCUAACGGAAGCACCAGGCUUAAUGCCUAUAUAUCAGCACCUCUACCGAAAUUAUCACCCCCACUUAGAAGUUCACGACCUCGGCAACCAGUCUCAUCAGCGUCUACCAUAAGUUCAAGAGUGAAGGCAAUCGAAAGGGACAAAUCUCCAAGUAAGAGAGAUCCCAAGGCCAAUGCAAAAGGAAACGAACCAGCUACGCGCCGAAGAAAAAUCUCAUUGGGCCCGAUAGACUACGAAUCACGGAGGGAACAGAUCAAGCUUUCAUAUACCAAAUCUCUUCGAGAAAACGAGGCUCGAGCAGUGUCUAGGAAGGCUGCUCAAGAAAAGAAAAGGAAAGCAGAGGAAGAAGCUAGGGCAUUGGCUGCUGCUGAAGCUCUAAAACAUGAAGAAGAAGUGCAGAUAAAAUUGGUAGAGCCUGACGAAAUUAUUGCAGCCACGAAACCUGUAGGUGUGCGGACGAUCACACCCGAAUUAAUAAUAGAGAAAACUGGAACGGCGGAGGCGGAUACAUCAGGCCUUCCACCGUUACAGACUGUAAUGACAAAGGUUGGGGUUAAUGAGGUGCCUAUUUCUUCCGCUAAUACGGGAUGUGAGAUGGAUUCCGCAAUGCUUGGUAUGCCCGGAAGCUUUCCUGGUGCGGAAGUUACUGGAGACGAUGAAGCGCCUCCUUCAGCAGUAUCAAACACCACAGAAUUUGAUGCAGAACCACAGACGGAUCCACCAGUACAAGAAUUUCCCAUGGUUAACACUGAAGGCCCAGGUGGCAUUAAUGGCUAUCACCAAACCAUUAGCCAAAAGUCAGAAUAUCGGUCUCCAUUCGACGACGAACCUGCCGCUGAUGAUGACUUAUCUAUCAAAAUAGCACUGGAUACUUCGACAGAAUUGUUGACUACACCAGGUGAUGUGUCUGAGCCUAACGGUGGUGUCAACUCAAGCCAGGGAGCAUCUACUACGGAUCAAGAGGCAUACGAAGCCAAGCCUUUGCAUUCACCAUUCUACGAAACGAAAGUAACGAUACUUGGGGGUGAUGCUGAUUUCCCACCUCCAACCAUCGAGACUGCUUCGGCUCCCGAGCAACAAGAUGCCGAAAGCAGUAAUGAACAGGAUCAUGUAUAUAUCGGAUCCAUUACGAUCCCCGAUACGAAUCUGACUCAGACGACUGCUGAACAGACAGAGCCGAGUUCAGGCCUUAGUGAGAUUGCUGAAUUCUUUGUCGGUCCUACAAUUAACCAUCAAGGACAACUACAAAGUUUCACUGACUCCAAGGUAUAUGGUGAUGCGGAGGUUGAUAAAAUGACUAGCGUUCAACAAGAGUCAGACAAUCCGGUCUAUUCUCUUGAUUCCGAAAGCACACUAGCGACAUACACCAGCUUGACUGUCCCGCGCACAUCUGAAUCCAUAAACCGGGCAAGUCAAACAUCUGUGUGGACUGAUUUCUCUAUGAAUAGUCAGGACUCAAGCUCAGGGUACAACCCGAUAGAUCAUGACUCUCAGAGAGUAGCAUUUACAUGGCGAGAGGAGCUUGCUGAUUCGGAAACGGAAUCGAGAUCGGAGUCGUACCGCUUCAACCAUACCUCAAUGGCAAUUAUGCGCAGUCGCGAUGUAUCCCCCCGUGGCACUUAUCAGGAACCAGACGUAUAUGAGUCGCAACAUCAGCUCCCAGAGAUUGAUACAGGUGAGGAGUUCGGCGCAGCAAUUUUGAGUUCUAAGAAUAGUAUGGGCUCAGCUGCUAUUCCAGUGCUUCCUAGUCACGCUCCCCCUCCUCCACCUUCUGAUGACGCUUCUUUCCAUGAUGUGAUGACCUCCGCACCGCCAAGCGAAUACUAUGAUGAUACGAGACCUAACAGCUAUGUGGAUAAUGAAAAGGACGAUCAAAGGCUAGUUCUGGUUGAUUCACUCAAACGGGACAGCGAUUGCUUUGCCCCCACGGAUUCAGCUUCGCGAUCCAUUGAUCAAGGAUCGUUCACCACUUCCGAAGACCAUGAGCCACAAUUCAAUUCCUCUCAAUUGACAAGCCAACAAACCCUUGUAGAGAGCAUCAAUGUUGAACAAACAAUUGAUCUUCCUGCGAAGGAAAGAAAACGACUAUUUACCCGUCUUGAAACCAUCAAAGAGCUCAUAGACACCGAGACUUUCUUUAUUAGAGACAUGAACAUCGUUGAGGAGAUAUAUAAGGGCACAGCCGAAGCUUGCCCAAAACUUGACGACAAGACCAUCAAGCUCAUUUUCCGCAAUACGGACAAGAUCAUUCAAUUUCAUUCUGCGUUCCUAGUUGAACUAAAAGAGGGAGUCUCGAGUGUAUACGUACCUCGGACACAUCGUCAUGUGCACAAAGACGCAGUCGGUUCUGGCGAUGGUCCAACUCUAACAAGAGCGCCCACGGCCGCCUCUGCCCAAGUGAACGAUGAUAAGGAUCGGGAGACUCUAUUAGGCCCGAUUUUCACUCGCAACAUCGAAAACAUGAAACAAGUCCACGAAACUUUCCUCAAGAAUAGUGAUCAUGCAUCGAAGCAACUAAUUCAAAUUCAGGAGGACCCAACAGUUCAAGUUUGGUUGAAUGAGUGCAACGAGGUGGCAAGAGAGCUGACAAGAGCCUGGAAUCUGGAUUCGCUGCUCAUCAAACCGAUGCAAAGGAUAACGAAGUAUCCGAAUUUGCUUAUCCAACUGCUUCAUGAGACGCCUGCCGACCAUCCGGAUCGUACAUCUCUAGAGGCCGCGAAAGUGGCCGUAGAAAAUGCCAUUGAGGAGAUCAACAAGACUAAAAAGAACUUCGAAUUGGUCGGGCAGAUCGUUAGCCGAAGACGUAAGGAAUCUGAUGUCAAAGUCGGCUUCGCGAGGGCAUUUGGCAAGAGGGUUGACAGAUUACAACCCGCAAGCAAUAAACCCUCGGAAGAUGCCGAGUACCUCAAGCUACAUGAGAAAUUCGGAGAUGACUACCUUCGUCUACAGGUCGUUCUGAGAGAUGUCGAGUUCUACACCAGACAAGUUACAGAACAUGUCCAUGAAUUCCUACAAUAUCUUUCUUCCAUGGAAUUAGUCAUGCGCAUCCAGCCCUCACCUCAUCCCGAGAUUGAAAGCAAGUGGGUUCGCUUUAACGUGUCUAUGAGAGACCUUGAGAAGAUUGCUUUGGAGCAGCAUCUCUCACAAGUGCGAAAACAAGUCAUUGAGCCUUUUGAGCUUGUCAUCAAAUCAUAUAGCAACCCAUCCCUUGCGAUGAAAAAAAGAUCCAAGCGCCGCGUUGACUAUGAAAAAUUUGUCCAGCUUCAAAAGAGCGGCAAGAAAGUCGACAAGCAAUUGUCAGACCUCGUCGAGCAAUACGAAGCACUAAAUGAAGCUUUGAAGAAGGAACUCCCCAAACUUUCAUCGCUUACUGAAAAGGUUGGCAAUAUUUGCCUUGGAAACUUCGUCAAUAUUCAAGCUCAGUGGUAUUCUAUAUGGAAGGAGAAGGUUAAGAUGGUUCUCGAGGACACCAAUAGUAUUCCAGAGUUCUCAGACAUUGUUUCAACCUUCUUCCAGGAUUAUAAAUUCCAAGAUGAACAGAUCAACGCAAUUGGAAUAAUCAACCCAGCCUCCAAAGGUCGGCCAUCACACUCGACUAGCGUUGAUGAAGUGUCUUCAAGAUUCCGACUCCGGCCCGCAGAGCGGUCUCCCCGUCACCGUGGGUUAUCUUUGAAUAGCGAUAUAGCCCCGAGUCUACCAACACCUGAUUUCGUAAAACGCCACAGCGGCCAGUUCGCGGCUUCACCAUCUAUACCUUCGACAUCAAGCCCCAACCAGUAUUAUCGAGACUAUUAUACCGGCGUCAAUGGACAUACACGCCCACCUUCCGAUUCGCCCAAAGCUCCUGAAUUCCCCUUGAUCUCUCGAUCAAUAGGCACGCCGCCAGCCCGACCGGGCACUAGUCAGAGCCACGACUCCAACGGCCUAGUCAGGCAGAGUGCGGAGUCAAACUCACAAGGGAGGGGCUACUCCAACUCAGCGCAACCCUCACCUUACCAGGGGUCAGAGAGUCACCGUUUCUCGGGCCUUUUCCAAUCUGCCCUUCCCAUGUCGGAUACACAGGAGCCUCAUCUGCGACGAUCUCAAGUCUCCUCUCGAGCUUCCUCCCGCGAACGUCAGCCCAUUAAUGGAUAUAAUGUCCUCUGGCUUGCCGCUUCACUCUUCGAAUUCAACAUACAUACUACUAAACAUGAGGCCGGCUAUCCCUACCUCACGUAUCAAGCAGGCGAGAUUUUUGAUGUCAUUGCCGAAAAGGGCGAACUUUGGCUCGCCAAAAACCAAGAUGAUCCUAAUAACUUAGUUGGCUGGUUAUGGUCAAAGCAUUUUGCUAAGCUAGCAGAUGACUAGGUCCUCAGUCAUAAUCGAAUUUAUGCUACGUCAACCACCUGCCCAACAAUUACUGGCACGGUCGUAUCUUAUUCACUAAUUAUGGACGACACAUUUACCUCUUCCUGAAACUGAAAACUCGAUCUCUUUUUUUUUUUUUUUU